UGCGAGUGAACUGGGACCGAGCUCCGUCAAGCCGCCAUGAUUCUGCAAAGCCUCUUUCGGUUUUCGGCCGCCGCGCGGUCUGCACUCUCGCUUCAGAUUCAGCGAAACAUCGGCUUCACAGCCGUCGUGUUUAACAAGACCAAGAACCUCGACCCAAUACAGAAGCUCUUCUUGGACAAGAUUCGUGACUACGACACCAAGAGCAAGAAAGCGGGCGGUGUUGUUGACGCUGGCCCAGAGUACCAGAAGAACGUGGACCAAGAGAUCGCCAAGUUGCGGCGAUUCUACGGCGGUGGAGACCUUGAGAAGUUCCCAGAAUUUAAAUUUGAGGAACCAAAAUUUGAUGAAGUCACCAAGUGAUUUGUUUCUGGAAGGAAAAUGUAUCCUCUGAUCGUCAUCGAUGCUUCCUGAGGCUGUAAAGUUGUAAUUUAAUAAAUUCUGUUGGAUUAAAAA